AUGAACGCAGCCACCCAAGUCUUCAACAUCUCCGAGCUCCUCGAACUCAUCCUCCUCUCCCUCCCCAACGCCCACGUCUACCAGGAACUCAAUGCCAUCCGCACCAUCCUCCUCGCCCAGACGACAUCCCACACCUGGCACUCCCUCAUCCACACUUCCACCCCGAUCCGCCAGCUCCUCUACCUCCCGACCCCUCCCAUCGACGCCAUCGAAUCCCCCCAGGCCUGGGAUCGCAAGCAUGCCUUCCCCCCCGCUCGCCCGAACCCGUGGAUUCCGAAUCUCCUGCUGAAUCAGAGGAGUUGGGGCUCGGCGUAUCCCUUUGAGACGCACUCCCUCCACCACCAUCAUCAUAAAGGAACACUACAACCCUCGCAGCCGAGAUUCUGGACCUUCUCGUUUGAGAUUUCCAAGGCGCAGUACGAGCGCCUCCUCCUCAGGGGCAGAGGAGCGGCGGCGGCGCCGACGGGUCCCUGGAGGGGAAUGUUGUUGACUUCGCCGCCGUUUUAUGAUUUCUGGUAUACGAGGUGCUUUUACGAAUUGGGGAGUGGGCGGGCGCCUUUUGUCACGCAUGUGGAUUACGAUGCGACGUUGCCGAAGAGUGAGCAGGAGAAUCGGGUUCAUUGUCCGGAUGGGGUGACGUUGGGGCAUGUGGUCGAUGCUCUCGGCGGUAUGUUCGAGAAACAUGCGAAUGCGAAGUUUGUCAUGGUGGAGAGUUUGAGGAUGCCGGAUGGAGAUGGUGAUCUGAGUGAGGAUAGACCGACGACUAAGACCUAUAUUCCCGGCUCAUCGGCGGAAAAGGGCCCAUGGAUGGUAUAG